ACAGAAUUAUUUUUCAUACGUUAUUUAUGAGUGAUUUAUAAUUGCAUUCUUACCUAUUAUGAGAACACUAUUUUGAUCAAAGAUGCGACUUUGCCAGCUGGUGAAAAGAUGUAGUUUCAAAACGUACAUAAAAUACUCGUCCAAUUUGCUAAACUCUUUACCGAAUACUUACUAACUAAUAUGUUCACUAGAGCAAUAUGAUCAGAGUUGCCUAGCGACUUAAUAUCUGUGUACUAUGUUGCUUUUUCGGUAUGGGGGAUGACAUUUCAUCUGGCAGUGUUUCAAAAACUGUUGAAAUUUUCGAAAAAAAGACUAAAAGAAAACAAAAAUCAGUAAACCAGCAAGCAAGAAAAGUGAAAAAUGAAACUCAUUUCAAGCAAAUCCUAGUAAAGAAUAAUUACAACGAUCCGGCCACCCAAGCGGAAUGGACGCAGAAGAGACUGGUGUGGGUGCCCCACGAAGCACAGGGCUUCGUUGCCGCAAGCAUAAAGGGCGAACGAGGAGAUGAAGUCGAGGUCGAAAUUCAAGAGACCGGUAAAAGAACGACCGUACCGAAGGAUGAUAUCCAAAAGAUGAAUCCUCCGAAAUUCGACAAGGUUGAGGACAUGGCCGAGCUAACCUGUUUAAAUGAGGCUUGUGUGCUGCACAAUCUCAAAGACAGGUACUACUCAGGACUCAUUUAUAAAGGGAAGACCAAUCAAUCCUAUGUACUGGAGAAUCUGGUGCGGGAAAGACAGAAAACACGAAGAAAGUUAUUCAAUAUUUAGCCUACGUAGCUGCUUCAAAAUCUCCUAAAGGGGCGGGGGCGCAGAAAGACAUUAUCAGUCCUUCGAGAGAAUUUUCGGGCGGACUCGAACAACAGUUGCUUCAAGCCAAUCCAAUUCUAGAGGCCUUUGGUAACGCAAAAACGAUAAAGAAUGACAAUUCUUCAAGAUUUGGAAAAUUUAUUAGGAUUAACUUCGACGCUUCAGGUUAUAUAGCUGGAGCGAACAUAGAAACUUAUUUAUUAGAAAAAUCCCGUGCCAUUAGACAAGCUAAACAGGAAAGGACCUUCCACAUUUUCUAUCAACUCCUGGCUGGUGCUUCCGAGGCUCAGAAAAAGGAAUUCAUUUUGGAAGAUGCCAGGUCGUACAGUUUCUUGCGAGAUGACAAUCAUAUAGUCCCCGGCGUAGACGACUCCCAAGAAUUCGCAGCCACCGUCAAAAGUAUGAACAUCAUGGGAAUGACCAAUGAUGAUUUCAGUGCCAUUUUCCGCGUCGUGUCUUCUGUCAUGCUCUUCAGCAAGAUGGAAUUCAAACAGGAUCGUAGCUCCGAUCAGGCAACGCUUCCUGAUAACACGGUCGCCCAGAAGAUUGCCCAUUUACUUGGUCUCUCUGUCACCGAUAUGACCCGUGCUUUCCUCAAACCAAGAAUUAAAGUCGGUCGCGAUUAUGUCACCAAGAGCCAGACAAAAGAGCAGGUAGAGUUUGCAGUGGAGGCAGUAUCGAAGGCUUGUUACGAACGAAUGUUCAAAUGGUUAGUGACUAGGAUUAACCGGUCGUUGGGCAGAACUAAGAGGCAGGGAGCUAGUUUUAUUGGCAUUCUUGAUAUCGCCGGUUUCGAAAUAUUCGAACUUAACUCGUUUGAGCAGUUGUGUAUCAAUUACACUAAUGAAAAGUUGCAACAACUUUUCAACCACACUAUGUUCAUCCUGGAGCAAGAAGAGUACCAACGCGAAGGCAUUGAAUGGAAAUUCAUCGACUUUGGUCUCGACCUGCAACCCACUAUCGAUUUGAUCGAUAAACCAAUGGGUAUAAUGGCCCUUCUCGAUGAAGAAUGCCUUUUCCCGAAAGCUACUGAUAAAACUUUCGUUGAUAAGUUAGUCACUGCUCAUUCUAUUCACCCCAAAUUCAAAAAGAGCGACUUCCGAGGCGUCGCUGACUUUUCCAUUAUCCAUUAUGCCGGAAAGGUCGAUUAUUGUGCCAACCAGUGGUUAACAAAGAACAUGGAUCCUCAAAACGAAAACGUCGUGUCUUUGCUUCAAACUUCCCAGGACCCCUUCGUUGUUCACAUCUGGAAAGAUGCUGAAACGUUAGGACGUGCCAAAGGAAUGUUCAGAACCGUUUCCUACUUGUACAAGGAACAGCUGGCUAAUCUUAUGGUCACUCUGCGCAACACCAACCCCAACUUUGUUCGUUGCAUCAUCCCCAACCACGACAAGAGAGCUGGCAAAAUUGAUGCUCCUCUAGUGCUGGACCAACUCAGGUGCAAUGGUGUACUCGAGGGUAUCCGUAUUUGUCGUCAAGGAUUCCCUAACAGGAUACCCUUCCAAGAAUUCAGGCAGAGGUAUGAGCUUCUGACCCCAAAUGUUAUAAAUAAGGGCUUUAUGGAUGGCAAAAAAGCUUGUGAGGCAAUGAUCAAAUCUCUCGAACUGGACAAGAAUUUGUUCAGAGUUGGUCAGUCGAAGAUAUUCUUCAGAGCUGGAGUAUUGGCCCAUCUGGAAGAGGAACGAGAUUAUAAAAUCACAGAUCUCAUAGUCAACUUCCAAGCGUUCUGUAGAGGUUUCUUAUCCCGGCGAAACUACCAAAAAAGAGUCCAACAGCUCAACGCCAUUCGAAUUAUACAGAGGAAUUGUUCUGCAUAUCUCAAGCUAAGGAACUGGCAGUGGUGGAGAUUGUACACCAAAGUCAAGCCUUUGCUGGAAGUUACCAAGCAAGAAGAGAAGCUCAUGCAGAAAGAAGACGAACUAAAACUAGUCAAAGAUAACCUCGAACAUCAUAUCAAAGCGGCUGAAGAGUAUGAGAAGAAAUAUCAGCAGGCGCAAGAAGAAAAAAUUGUUCUCCAGGAACAGCUGCAAGCUGAAGUAGAAUUAUGCGCAGAAGCUGAGGAAAUGCGCGCUAGAUUAACUGCUCGAAAACUAGAGUUGGAAGAAAUUCUCCACGACUUGGAAGCUAGAAUUGAGGAAGAGGAAGAGAGGGCAAAUAUUUUGACUAAUGACAAAAAGAAAUUACAGUUAACCAUUCAAGACCUGGAGGAACAACUAGAAGAAGAAGAGGCUGCUAGGCAGAAAAUCCAGUUGGAGAAAGUACAGUGUGAUAAUAAAAUCAAGAAACUCGAGGAGGAUCUAGCACUUAGUGAUGACACUAAUCAGAAACUUUUGAAAGAAAAGAAAGUUCUUGAAGAGCGCAGCAAUGAUUUGAGCCAAGCGUUGGCAGAAGAAGAAGAGAAAGCGAAGCACCUAGCCAAGCUGAAAACUAAACACGAAUCCACGAUCGCAGAACUAGAGGAGCGUCUCCUGAAAGACCAUCAACAAAGACAAGAAACUGAUAGGUCAAAGAGGAAAGUUGAAACGGAAGUGAAUGAUUUGAAAGAACAGCUCAAUGAAAAACGUUCUCAAAUUGAAGAGUUGCAACUUCAGUUGGGCAAGAGGGAAGAAGAAUUAACCCAAGCCAUGGUUAAGGUAGAUGAAGAAAGUGCGCAAAAAGCUCAAGCUCAGAAAGCACUUAGAGAAUUAGAAAGCCAGCUUACUGAACUGCAAGAAGAUCUUGAAGCAGAGAAGGCAGCUAGAGGCAAAGCCGAAAAAAUGAAGAGAGAUCUCAACGAGGAAUUGGAGGCACUCAAGAAUGAGUUGCUUGAUUCUCUGGAUUCCACGGCAGCCCAACAAGAAUUGAGAUCUAAGAGAGAACAGGAAUUGGCCACUUUGAAGAAGGCUUUGGAGGAGGAAACCCAAAUACAUGAAGUAUCCCAAGCUGAAACGAGACACAAACACUCCCAGGAACUUGCUGCAUUGAGUGAACAGCUAGAAAACAUUAAAAAACUGAAAGCUAAUCUUGAAAAGAGUAAACAGUCUCUUGAGGCAGAAAAUGCUGACCUCACUAGUGAAUUGAGAAAUGUUGGUGCUAGCAGACAAGAAGGUGAAAGACGUCGUAAGCAAGCUGAAAGUCAGCUAGCAGAAAUUUCUUUGAAAUUAACAGAGGUAGAACGAUCUCGCCAGGAACUUCAGGAAAAAACUAUCAAAUUACAACAAGAAGUCGAAAAUAUUGUGCAACAGCUGGAAGAAGCAGAACUUAAGGCUUCUGCGGCUCUGAAGAACCAGGCCACAACAGAAUCCCAGCUUGCUGAAGCUCAGGGUCUGCUUGAGGAAGAAACCAAACAAAAACUUGCUCUGAGUUCGAAGUUGAGACAAUUGGAGUCCGAAAAAGAAAACCUUCAAGAACAAAUAGAAGAAGAGGAAGAAGCCAAGAAAAACCUCGAGAAACAACUCUCUGUGUUGAGUGUUCAACUGAUUGAAGCAAAGAAAAAAGCCGAAGAUGAGGCUGAACAAUCUGCCAUUUUGGAAGAGAGUAAGAAGAAGCUCGCCAAAGAUUUGGAAGCUCUUCAGAGACAAGUUGAAGAAUUGACAGCCGCAAAUGACAAACUAGAAAGAAGCAAGAAAAAGAUCGCAGCCGAACUCGAGGAUGCUAACAUAGACCUUGAGACGCAGAGACAAAAAGUUUCUGAGCUUGAAAAGAAACAGAAGAACUUUGACAAAGUGUUGGCUGAAGAAAAAGCUGUUAGCGAACAUUUGGCUGCCGAGAAAGACGCCGUAGAAAAAGAAGCCAGAGAUAAAGAGACGCUGGUCUUGUCCUUGAAACGAGAGUUGGACGAAUCUAACGGUAAAAUUGAAGAGCUGGAAAGAGUAAGAAGACAGCUGCAAGGAGAACUAGACGAGCUCGUGAACAACCAAGGUACAGCGGAUAAGAACGUUCAUGAACUGGAGAAAGCAAAGAGGUCUUUAGAAAGUCAAUUAGCCGAGCUGAAAGCUCAGAAUGAAGAACUGGAAGAUGAACUUCAACUCACAGAAGACGCUAAACUACGUUUGGAAGUCAACAUGCAAGCUCUUCGGGCGCAAUUUGAAAGAGACAUCCAAGCUAAGGAAGAACAAGCCGAGGAAAAGCGAAGAGGCAUCGUUAAACAGCUGAGGGAUCUAGAAGCUGAAUUAGAUGAAGAAAGGAAGCAAAGAACAGCUGCAGUUAGUGCCCGAAAAAAGCUUGAAGGUGACAUCAAGGAACUUGAAAGUCAGAUUGAGCUCCACUGCAAGGUGAAGGAAGAUGCUCUGAAGCAACUGAAGAAGUCUCAGCAGCAGUGCAAGGAAGCCAUUAGAGAUUCUGAAGAAUGCCGAGCUGCUAGAGAUGAAUAUGCUGCUUCGUGCAAAGAAGCUGAAAGAAAAGUCAAAACUUUGGAGGCCGAAGUUCUUCAAUUGACAGAAGACGUUUCAAGUUCAGAAAGAGCCAGAAGAGCAGCUGAAGCUGAAAGAGACGAACUAUUAGAAGAAAUCAAUAGCAGUAAUAACAAAAGCAGUUUACUUAUCGACGAAAAACGUAGGUUAGAAGCGAGAAUAGCCACUCUAGAGGAGGAAAUAGAGGAAGAACAGAGCACUAAUGAAAUAUUACAAGAUAGAGCCAGGAAAGCUCAGUUGACUAUCGAACAGUUGACGACAGAGCUAUCUAAUGAAAGAUCCGCUGCCCAGAAACAAGAAUCACAAAGAUUGUUACUUGAAAGGCAAAAUAAAGAUCUCAAGGCUAAACUUGCAGAGCUCGAAACAGCUCAAAGGACAAAGACCAAAGCAACCAUCGCCGCUCUCGAAAGUAAGAUUGCAAACUUGGAAGAACAGCUUGAGGUUGAAGCUAAAGAAAGGCUAACACAACAAAAAACAAACCGAAAACUCGACAAGAAAUCGAAGGAGUUGCUUUUGCAGUUGGAGGAUGAACGUCGUCACGCAGAUCAAUACAAAGAACAAGUUGAGAAGGGUAACUCCAGGGUAAAGGCUCUUAAGCGUCAAUUAGAUGAAGCGGAAGAAGAAAUAACAAGAGAAAAGGCACAAAAACGCAAAGCUCAAAGGGAAUGCGAGGACAUGCUAGAAUCACAUGAGUCCAUGACUAGGGAAAUAAAUAAUUUGAAAAGUAAAUUGAGAAGAGGUACAAUGGGUAUUUCAUCAUCGUCUCGGUUAAGUUCUUCGAAACGUGGGUCAAUUCAAACCAGUGGCAAUGGAUCAGGGGAUGAUUCAACCACACAAGACGAAGCAAUGGACGGAGAUGAUGCUCCCAAUUAGGUGUCGAUGCUUUUUUAACCAUUCAAUUAUUUAAUUUUAUAUUAAUGAUAAUAAUCGCCCUUAUACUAUUGACUUUCACAACAAAAUUCCAUGCAAAUAAAAUGGCUUCUUGUAUAUAUUUUGUCUAGUACUUAGCAAGUGUUUAACAGAAAAUAGCUUAUCAACUUUUAACUGAGUAGUUUUAUAUAUGGCCAGAAGCAUUUAUAUAACUUAUCUUAUAUUAGUGUAUUGGAAUAUAGAAGUUUUAUUUUCUGGAAAACACGAAAUAUUAUUAUUUCAAGAAUUAUUGUGCUUAUCUUUUUAAAGUUUACUGAAUAACUUUUAUGUUUUGAUUGAUUGAUAUGAUGCAUUUUAUUUAUACAGAUUAUUAUACAUUUAUACUGUCUUUCGAUUGUAUUUUUUAUCUGUCGAGUAUACUAGUAUUUUAUAUGUAUCAUUUUUGAAUUAAUCGGGUACGUUUAUAACCAUAUGCUAUGCAAGAAUUAAUAUUGUAGCCAAUUGCUCUUUUGAUACGUAAUAUUUUGUAGAAUAUAUAUUUUGUAAAGACAUCUAAUUUUAUUCUAACAUCGUUUUGAUAUGGAUGUUUAUGUAUAAAAUACUUGCAUUUUUGUAUAUAUAAUCGAACAUAUUGGGAUUCAGGGCUCAUAUUCAAGUAUUCUGUAUUGAUUUGAAUAAAUUUAUAUUAAUUAAGAA